AUGUGGGGCGGGCAGUUUUAUGCCCGCAGUGCGGCUUCGCGACGAGCGGUGGAAAAACACAUCGCGGGCACUUGCCGGCGGAAGGCGCGAUGGGCCGGCCUCCCGGCACUGGGUAGAGCCUGGGAGGCCUUGGGCGCACCGUUCACAAGGACCUCAACGCCGCCAGGAGCGCCCAGGCCGCCUUUGCGGGAGCGAGUGGGUCAGGGCACCCCCGGCCCUAGGUGCCGGAAGUUUGGAAAGUGUAGCAGAACGCGGCACCACUUGCGCCAGCGCAACUGCACGCUGCGACGGUCAACGUGCCAGGAUGGUUUUGUAGAGACCGGGUUCCGCGCCGCGCGAUGCGGUCGUCUGCAGUGCCCCCGCUGGCCCAGCACACAUCCGCCCACCCGGCUGGUUGCGCGUGCGCCAUCGAAAGGGGCGCCCUGGCCGUUCUUUGCCCGGCCCUCCGCCCCCACAGCGACUGCAGAGGUUUUCUACUUUUUGGUGUUGCUGGGGUCCGGGGUGCACUAA